CAGCAAACAACAGCGGAGAAGGAGAUGAAGUUUCGAUUUGGGCUCAGGAUCUCUUUGGUCCUAACCAUACUGGCUCUGACUCUGUACGGAGGCGGUGUUGAAGGACAAAGGGCAGGUUGCAAGAACGUCCACUAUGAUCUGGUAUUCAUUUUGGACACCUCUUCCAGUGUGGGCAAGGACAACUUUGAGAAGAUCCGGCAGUGGGUGGCAAACCUGGUGGAAUCUUUUGACGUAGGUGCGGAGAAGACGCGUGUAGCUGUGGUUCGUUACAGCGACCGUCCUACCACCGAAUUCAACCUGGGCAGGUACAAAACCCUCGGAGAGGUCAAGCGUGCUGCUGGGAACAUCCGCUACCUGGGUGGGAACACCAAAACUGGAGAUGCCAUCAGCUUUACUACCAACAACAUCUUCACAGAAAGGGCAGGGGCGAGGCCUGCCAGUAAGGGCAUUCAAAAAGUGGCAAUCUUACUAACGGAUGGCAGGAGUCAGGAUUUUGUUUUAGAACCAUCAAUUGCAGCAGCGGCUGCUGGUAUCAGGUUGUUCGCCGUAGGGAUUGGGGAAGCACUGAGAGAGGAGCUGGAGGAGAUUGCGGCAGAACCCAAAAGUGCUCAUAUGUUCCAUGUGACGGACUUUGACGCCAUUGACAAGAUCAGGGGCAGGUUGAGGAGGAGACUCUGCGAGAAUGUCCUUUGUCCAAACAUGAAAGUCCAGGCCGGCCGUUUCCGGCCGAACAGCACCAGUGCUGGACUGACGGAGGUCCCAGGAUUUGAUUUGAUGGAGUACUUCAAUGUAAGAGAAUUUCUUGGAGAAAAAUUUGAGCCAGGUCAGACCCCCUAUGUCAGGCUCGGUACAAUGCCCAUCGUCCAACAAACAGAAGAUGUGUUACCUCAGGGUCUGCCUGAUGAGUAUGCCUUUGUGACCACAUUUAAGUUCAGGAAGACCUCUCGUAAAGAAGACUGGUACCUGUGGCAGGUCUAUGACAAAUACGGCAUCCCACAGGUCUCCAUCCGUCUGGACGGGGAGAACAAGGCGGUGGAGUACAACGCCGUGGGCCUGACAAAGGAUGCAGUCCGGGCCGUGUUUAAGAACCCAGAGGUGGAGAAUCUGUUUGACCGUGACUGGCAUAAGAUCGGCAUGAGGGUGGACUCCAAGUCUGUGUCCCUGUUCCUGGACUGCAAGCACAUUGAGACGCUGCCCAUAGAGGAAAGAGAAGAUAUCGACAUCCAGGGAAAGACUGUCAUCGGCAAGAGACUCUAUGACAGCGUUCCCAUUGAUUUUGACCUCCAGAGGAUGGUGAUCUACUGUGAUGGCAAACAGUCUGAGCAAGAGACGUGUUGCGAUAUUCCCGGUGGCCCAUGUGAACAGUCUCUGGUGACUGAGCCCCCCCCACUCCCACUGCCCACCCCAAAACCAACAAGCGCUGAGCAGAAGAAACCAGCAGCGGUCAACUGCUCCUGUCCUGCAGGGGAAAGGGGAGAGACAGGUCUACCGGGUGUCGCGGGGCCCAAGGGUGAAAAGGGGGAUCUUGGUCUUAAAGGGGCAGAAGGACCGCCAGGACCCAAAGGGCAGAAAGGAGAGCGUGCUAUCUCUAUCAAAGGUGAUAGAGGAGAGAAGGGGGACAUCGGCGAGCGCGGUGAACCUGGAGCCAGAGGAGAAAGAGGAGAUAGAGGAUCGGACGGUUUACCUGGUCUGGCUGGGAAAAAAGGCGAUACAGGAGAGAGAGGUGAUCAAGGAGUUGCAGGUGAUGCUGGGUUACCUGGACCUCUCGGACCAAAGGGUAUCCAAGGUGAUGCUGGUCCAUUCGGAGCACCGGGUCCUCAAGGGGUGUCUGGUGUUACUGGAGGUAAAGGAGACAAAGGAGCUUCCGGAGAAAGGGGUGAACCAGGUUUAGAUGGGUUUCCAGGGAAACCAGGUCUUCCAGGAAAAGACGGUCCUAGGGGGCUGAUUGGUGCUCCUGGUCCAAAUGGAUUACAAGGAGAAAAGGGUGAACGAGGUCCUGCUGGAUUACCUGGUGAUGCGGUUCAGCUGGCAGGACUCAAGGGGGAGACUGGCGUCCCUGGCGAACGAGGACCCUCGGGAGCGGACGGCCCACCUGGACCUCCUGGCCCACCUGGACCUCCAGGUUUGCCCGGUGAGUCGGGUGAGAAUGGACAAAGGGGUAAAAAGGGUGAUGCAGGAUUGCCAGGAGUUGAUGGUCUUCCAGGACCACCUGGUCCUCAGGGGCCUUCUGGCCCUCUAGGCAGCCCUGGACAAACAGGACCUCCAGGAUUACCUGGUGAAAUAGGCUUCUCAGGAAAACCAGGAGAACCAGGAAAACCAGGCCUGCCAGGAAAAGAUGGAUUGGAUGGUUUCCCUGGAAACGACGGCGAGAAGGGCCAAAGAGGAGAACCCGGACAGGACGGCUUCCCUGGUAAACCCGGACCGAAGGGAGACGAAGGCCCUCCAGGACCACGAGGACCUCCUAGUGAACGGGGAGAGCCUGGUUUGCCUGGAGAGGUCGGCACAAUAGGACCCAAAGGAGAGAGAGGAGGUCAAGUAAGACAGAACUAUAUGGACAGCACUAUAUGCUGUUUUGAAAUGCACAUCAGAUAUAACCUCUGUUACUGUUUUUCAUUCAUACAGGGUGAGAUUGGCCCCAGGGGUCCAGCCGGGGUCCCAGGCAAUGUGGCCAAUGUGAUUCCUGAACCUGGCGGGAGGAUGACGUAUGAGGUCCGGGGGCUUCGGGAGGAUGAUGGGCCUCCUGGACCUGCAGGGCCACAAGGACCAGCGGGUUUGAGAGGACCUCCAGGAGUGAGCGGACCACAGGGGCCCGCUGGACACAAUGGUUUACCAGGAAGACCUGGAGAGAAGGGCUCCCCUGGAGAUCCAGGAAAAGCUGCAGACAUUUCCGAUCUGAACCUGAAGGACAUUUGUUCAGAUUGUCCCCCUGGACCAGCUGGACAACCGGGUAUGCCAGGACCUCCAGGUGAAAAAGGUCAUACUGGACCACCUGGGAAAAACGGACAGGAUGGAUAUGCGGGUCCUCCUGGGCCAACAGGGCCUGCAGGACCACCUGGUGCUGAUGGAGCCAAGGGGGUCAAAGGAGACAGAGGUCCUUCAGGAGCACCUGGAGAUAAAGGUGAAAAGGGCCCCCCAGGACCUCCUGGUUAUCCAGGGGCCGCAGGAGCAAUAGGUCAGCCUGGUAAUGAUGGAAACCCUGGACCUAUCGGACCACCUGGAGCUCCUGGAGAAAAGGGUAAAGAAGGACUUCAGGGUAUUCAGGGACCACCUGGUCUUCCAGGUCUAAUGGGCCUGAUGGGUAAACCUGGAAAGGAUGGAAGACCAGGAGAAACAGGAGAGCCGGGCAAACAGGGAGAGCCAGGACCACCAGGAAGAGACGGGCUCAGAGGAAUGCCUGGUUUCAAAGGUCACAGAGGGGAACCAGGACCACCAGGGUCAAAGGGAGAAGAUGGCAAACAGGGUGUUCCUGGACGCGAGGGUCCACCUGGGAAAGAUGGUAAAACCGGACCACUGGGGCCAGAGGGCAUGAGAGGACCACGAGGGGAACCCGGUCAGCCUGGAGAACCUGGACAAGCAGGCAAGCCUGGAUCUCAAGGAAAUCCUGGUCAGCCAGGACACAAAGGAGAAGCAGGGAGUCCAGGAUUACCCGGCUUCCCAGGUCCAAAAGGGCCAUCGGGUCCGUCUGGUCCAACUGGCCCAGAGGGCAAACAAGGCAUGUCAGGAAAACCAGGAGACAGAGGACAGAAGGGAGAAAAGGGUGAUAAUGGAAUAAAAGGAGACAAAGGACCCGUUGGUGAUCCGGGCAUUCCGGGUAACCCUGGGCCUCCCGGCAGGAAGGGUCACACAGGAAUGAUGGGCAUGUCGGGACCCCCAGGGGAAGUGGGUCCCUCUGGGCCCCCUGGUUCUCCAGGACAGCCGGGUCUCCCAGGUCUCAGAGGUGAGACGCCAUCACUGGAACAAAUGCGGCGGCUCAUUCAAGAGGAACUCUCCAAACAGUUGGAUGCUAAGUUAGCUUACCUCAUGGCUCAAAUGCAGCCUGCGCAUAUCAAGAGCUCAGUUGGCCGCCCCGGUCCGCCUGGUUCGGCAGGUAAAGAUGGACCUCCUGGCCGACAAGGUCCACCUGGAGAGCCUGGAAUACCUGGACAAAAUGGAGCAGAAGGACCCAGAGGUCCAGUUGGUCCUAAAGGUGAACGAGGUGCAAGAGGUGAGAAGGGAGAGGAUGGUGUUGGACAGAGAGGAGAGCCUGGUCCAAUUGGUCCCAUGGGUCCUGCAGGUAUGCCGGGAUAUGGAAAAGAUGGUCUUCCUGGAGCCGCAGGUGCUCAGGGAGAGCCUGGUAAUCCUGGUCCUCACGGUCAGCCCGGACCCUCUGGACCGCCAGGGCAGUGUGACCCCUCACAAUGUGCCUACUACGCCAGUCUGGCAUCAAGACCUCACACCAAAAACGUCAAGGGGACUUAAUACACUCACUGUCCUGGGCAAACACCUAUUAUGAACUUGGACAUUCAGUAAGCCAAGAACAUGUUCUUUAACAUCAGGAGGACUACAGAGUCUGAGGGGUGAGUGAAUGUGUGUGUGUGUGUGUUUAUACGUGUGUUUGUCAUAGGCUUUUCACUACAGCUAAUGUGUUCUUGAACCCUGAGUUAAGGCCACUUUUAAUCCUGGGUUAAGCAACGUUUCACACUUUAGGUUUUGAAAAGGUGUUGGCAUGUAGCAUUAGCACUUUCAGAUCCGGGUUAUGAAGUCUAGCCUCGAGCAGGAUUGACUCUGAAUAGUGGUGCUAAAGGUGUAAAAUGUCAAAACAAUGCUUGUUUAGCAAGAUAUUAAUCAUA